GCCCCGGCCCCGCCCACCCCCAGGGCCGGGCCGCCCACACCGAGCCGCGGCGCGCACGGCUGCUGUCCCGCCUGCCACAAUGCGCGGGGAGGCUGCGGCCACGACUUGGCGCGGUCAUCCCUGACGUCGCCGCUCGGCAUCCUUAGGACAGGCCGCCCCUGACGCCUUGCGGGGACCCCACUCGCCCACGCCCCCCAUGCGCUCACUCUUCGGUGCCCAGCCGGGCGGGCGCCUCGCAGACGCGGAGCCGCGCGGGUGACGGCAAAGGCGGCUGCGCGCCCAGCCCAGCCCGUGGAGAGGGCGCGCCGCGCCCCCGCCCUCCGCCCGCUCUCCGGAGGCCGUGGGUGCGGAUGCGCGGCUGACGACUCGCAGCGACUAGCAGUGCCGCCGGCCGGAGCCCGCAGCAUGGCAGCCGCCGCCUAUGUGGACCACUUCGCCGCCGAGUGCCUCGUAUCCAUGUCGAGCCGCGCGGUUGUGCACGGGUCGCGGGAGGGGCCGGAGCCCAGACCCGAGGGCGCGGCCGCUGUCGCCGCCACCCUGCCCCGUGUCGAGGAGCGCCGCGACGGCAAGGACAGCGCUUCGCUCUUCGUAGUGGCGCGGAUCCUGGCGGACCUUAACCAACAAGCGCCGGCACCCGCCCCUGCGGAGCGCAGAGAGGGCGCCGCGGCCCGCAAGGCGAGGACCCCCUGCCGCCUGCCGCCCGCGCCGCCCCCAGCCCCCGAGCCUGCCUCCCCCGGCGCCGAAGGCGCGGCGGCCGCGCCCCUCAGCCCGGCUUGGAGCGAGCCCGAGCCCGAACCCGAGGUGGGGCUGGAGCCCGAGCGAGAGCCGGGGCCCGCGGGGAGCGGCGAGCCCGGCCUCAGACAAAGGGGCCGGCGGGGCCGAAGUCGCGCCGACCUCGAGUCCCCGCAGAGAAAGCACAAGUGCCACUACGCAGGCUGCGAGAAAGUUUACGGGAAAUCCUCGCACCUCAAGGCGCACCUGAGAACUCACACAGGUGAGAGGCCGUUCGCUUGCAGCUGGCAGGACUGCAACAAGAAGUUCGCGCGCUCCGACGAGCUGGCCCGGCACUACCGCACACACACGGGCGAGAAGAAGUUCAGCUGCCCCAUCUGCGACAAGCGCUUCAUGCGCAGCGACCACCUGACCAAGCACGCGCGCCGCCACGCCAACUUCCACCCGGGGAUGCUGCAGCGGCGCGGCGGGGGCUCGCGGACCGGCUCGCUCAGCGACUACAGCCGCUCUGACGCCAGCAGCCCCACCAUCAGCCCAGCCAGCUCGCCCUGAGCUGGCCCGCGGGGCGGGGCCGGGGCCGGGGCGGGGCCAGGGAGGGGGCGGCUCCCGCAGCACAGCCCCGCCCCCGCGCCCGGCCAAAGGGCCCGCCCCAUGCCCAGCCUGAGGCCCCGCCUCCUUACAACAGCCAUGAGCAGAUGCUCUCACUUCCUCUCGUGAUUUCGUGUCUUUUCCUUUUGUGAUAAGAAAGAAGACAGAACUUUAUGAAGUCAACGACAACAACAAAAAACAUUUUUUCUCCACCUCAGGUGUCAAAAUUAAUUUGUUAAAAAAAAAUUUCCAAAAAACACCAUCCACGAUUGCACAAGAGAUAUGCCCACGCAGGUGAGAUUCCGUGGUGUUGAACCCCCCCCUUUCUCAGGGAUGGACAUGUUCCACGAGGUCAGUGAGGACACCCCCUUCCUGCCGCCUUACUCUGUACAUAGAUUUGCACUCGAGAGUGUCCUUUGAGGUUGGGGCACACACUGGGGGCCCAGCGGUGCAGGGGAGCCCAGCGUCGGCGGCAGACCCGCCGGUCGGUGGGUCGGUUUGGAGCGGCAGUCACUGACAUUGUGCUUCCAGGGCAGACCCCUACACAGGCCCGGAGCUCCCGCGUCCUGCCCACCUGCCCAGCCUCAUCCUCGCCUCAGCCGGUAGUGGAGCUCGUAAUGCACACAGCUCAGAGGGACGCCUUAAGCUGUGGUGGGCCCCGGGGAGACUGCAGAGGGCCCUGUCCUUCGGGGGAUCUCAGAGCACUGGGAGCAGAGAUGCAGGCCCCGGCCCGGCAGACCGCUGCGCACCAUGUGAUGUCCACCCAGCCAAGGGCCGUGCCCUGAGAUCCACGCUGCACAGGGCUACCGCUGCCGAGUUCCUGCAGAAGGCACCAGGGACUUCCCACUGUUACACAAAGCCCCUGACUGCUUCUCUACAAAGAUGUCUCAAAGUGUCAUUGGUGUGUCCAGUUCCCAUGUUGGGCCAGUCCCGCCCUGCUCCUGAGACACCUUUGUUUGAAAGGGCGGUUAGAGUGGGUCACCCUGCUGGGGCCUCUGAGUGUGUGGCCCUGCGUGUGCCCUGCGUGGCACUUCACAGAAAGAGACCAGAGCAUUGUGACUGGGAACUUUUGGGAAGUGGCCAAGCGGAUAUUAUGGGAGAUGUGGUCAGAGAAUGUGCAUUCUCUUUUCUCCUGGAGGAACACCAGACAAAAGUUGUGGGAAAGGCUUUUCUCAGACCCACCGUGUCCCCAGCUCAGAAUUCACUAACCCCCAGCUUCUUUGCGAAUUCUGUGUCUCCUGGCCUCCUCCCUUCCCCUCCUGCCUGGGAGGCCCCAGCCCACACCCAGCCUGUGGGGCACUAGGGUGCAGGGCCCCCUCGCCAGUCUUCCUGUGCUAAGAGAGGAGGGGCAGAGAGCUGGGACUUGGGGUGGGGGGUUCGAGCCCGGGCAGGUGGGUCAGGCCAGGCUCUAGUGCACACCUCUGCAGAGAGCUGGAACCCCCUCCCUCUCCACCCCCACCUCCGCCCUCCACUGCCCAGGCACCACCCUUCCCUUCCUCCAGAGAGCUGGGGACCUGUAAAUAUAAGACUAGUCCCCAGUGUGUGUGUGUGUGUGUGUGUGCGUGCGUGUGUGUAUGUGUGUUGGGGGAGGGGUGUGGGUUUUGGGAGGACUUGGGGUAUCUUGCAGAGACCUCUGCUCAUUUUGAUGAGGAGGAAUGACCCUUGGGACCUCAGAGGGCCGUAGAUGGGCUCCCCUGAGCCCAGAGUGCCUUGGCCGUGGCCAUCCUGCUUCCAGCCCCAUCCAAACACAGCACAGAGACCCAGGCCCAGCUGUGCUUACCCACCCUGGGCCGGCUCCAGAGUGGGUGGGUGCCCUCUGGCCAUAGUGCCCAGGGGGUGGCAGUCUGCCAUCUGCAACACUCUGGGUGCCCAUUUCUGACUCUGCUGUGUGUCAGCUGGGAUUGGCUAGCGGUAUGAUGGUGGCUUCUGAGGAGCAUGGUAGGUACCCAGUUGGGCAGUACUAUCGUUUUGCUGUGGGUGGAAACCCAUUGGGACUGAUGUAGGGGGUGGUCCCCACCCUGCGUGGGUGCAGAGUUGGCUCCCCAGGGCGCCGGGCUCUGUUGGGGCUGUGUGGCAGCCCUGCUCACCUUUGGUCCAGGAGAGGGAACGGGAUAUGCUGCAGACACCUGGACAGAGUGGUGCCCUGAGUACCUGGGGUGAAAGCUCUUCACGCCUGGUUCCAAAGCGAGGCCCGGAAGGCCCUCGGGGGCCCCUCCCAAAGUUGUUUCUGUGUGGGGCAGGGAAAGCCACACUCCGAAUACAUUUCAUGUCUCAGGAACUCACAUUCCAGGUUCAGGAAUUUUAUUCCAAAGUCCUUUGGUGUGCUCACUGUCCACGAGCCCCGGAGGCAGGGAGAAGGGCUACAUGUCUCUUGGGAGCCACACAGCGCAGCCCUCUGGAGGAGCCCAUGGCAUCCACUGCGGAAGGCGGCUUUGCAGCCCCAUGUCUCUCUGCACAUAGGAAGAGGGCAAAGGACUAAACCCAGUCAUCUUGGAAUAAAAGAAGAGCUGGUUUGUUUUAGAGGUGGGGUGGGGGGCGGGGGAGGGAAAGCGGGCGUUUGCUGUUUCCAAAGAGAGCACUUAAUUUAAUUUUUCCUCUAAGUGACCCAGGGCUGUUCCGUCUGAUAGAUGGAAGGGUAACAUUGCCUUAAAACAGAAAUAUGCAGGCGUUGGCUAUUUUUGGCAAAUGAGUGUGUCUUCAUUCCCAAAGUAGUUCUUGGCUGCUGGCAGGGAGGGUGCGGUCCUUCCAAGUGGGCCUGGCCUGGGAGAUGGGCCACUGCUUUUCUGAUGAGGGCACCUGGACAGAGUUCCUGCCCGGCAUCCCUGAGCUCUCGGCCCAGGGCUCCAGCCAGUGGACUGUCUGGACUCAUCUGGGGCUAAAAUUCAUCUCACAUGAAGGGUGGGAGAAACCCAUGAAUCUCAGGCCAGGUUCAAGUGGGCUCUUACCAGCAUCUCAUUGUCACAACAUGUGGAGUACGUGUGGAAGAGGGUGGUGGGCCCGGAAAGCUGCCCUCGCCCGGGGCCCCACCCAGGGGAGCAGCUACACGGGGAGAACCCUCCUGAAUGGCCUGCAUUUUUUUCUAAGAUGUAGAAUGUCUUCCCAGCCUGGGUCUGUUUCAGGGUCUUUCAUUUUUCUGGUUUCUGGGUAUGCUUGCCGGCUUCUAUGUGAUUGAGGAACAAACCCAUAGGACUCCUAGAAAUGAUGGUGAAAACUCAAACUGUACUUCGUGGCCAACUCCAGGUCUUGCAGGCCAGGGGGCAGAGAUCUCAAAGCGAAGGUUGCCUGAGUGAAGGGAGAGUUCCCCUCCCGCCAGGCCAAAAAGUGACCCCAGACUCACCCUUGGGGGCUGGUAUUCAGCACGUGUCCCAACCAGGAAGCCCUCUUUGUGUCCCCCAUGGUAGGGUUGUCUGUCCCCCAGAUGUCUACCCAGCCCCACAGCCAUAUGGAAAGACAGAGGGCCCUGGGGUCCUCUCCUGUUGGGUGCUACACAGGAAAGGGCAGUGAUGCCCAUAAUGGGAGUGUAGUCUUGGAGGUGCCCUCCCUGCAUCCUGCCGCAGUCUACCCACCCCCUGCACUCGAGGUGCUGGACAGCCCCCCUUGAUUCUGAGGCCAUGCACCCGGGCAGGUGCAGGAUUCGCCAGGGUGCAGCCUCCAGGUGCAGACAUCAGCAGCCCUGACCACCCCCAACCCUGGGUCAUGGCUCAGACCAGUGGAGGUGAUUGGGAGGUGGGGACAGACAGGCCACAGGUGCCCCCCACCCCAGCGCACCUGUUGGGACAUGCAGACAGGGCUGGUCGCUUUCUGUGGUCCAGGUGAAAUGCAGCCCAAGCGGGGUCUUCAUUCAAGGCUUCUGCCCCCCCCCCCCAAGCCUGGUGUCUGGAAGUCCCUGCGCUCUUGCCAGGAGCAGGUGCUAAGGUGGGCGGCACAGGGUUAGAGCACCCCCCAGGGACGUGCUCCAUGAUCUCAGCGAGCCGGCUGCCACCUAACAGGAAAGCGUGAUCUCAGCAAUAGCGCCCUCAUUUCUCAACUCCUGGUUUCGGCUGUGUUUACAAGGCUACCUGAUUUGUUUGACUUCUGACAGCUAUAGCUGAUUUCUUUCUUUUUUUUUUAAUCCCUUUUUACAAAGUCAUUCAAAGACUCAGUGCUGGAAGAUUUAAAGGGGCUGAUGUGUUGGUCACGUUGCAGCCAGUGAGAAACGCUUUGCGAGUCACCCCCAUCUUUGCUACCCAAAGGUUCUGUGUGCGAUACUAGUGACCGCAUUUUCCAAAGCUGAAAUAGUGGGUGUGGGCUGACACUUUGAAUUCAGGAUCGCCCUGGGAAAAGCCAGGUCCUGUAACUGAUUUUCCUGAUUCUGAGGCUGGGUUUCAGAAGUUUGUCCCAGACACAUUCCAGAGAAUUUUGUACCAGAAUUUGAAUGCACAAUCCAGCUUACUACUGAUAAAUGCCUGAACAUCGUUUACGGAGAGGCCCUUCCCUUCAUGCUGUUCUGUCUCUCAGUUGGAAGAGCUGAAGUUGGUGGGAGGCAUGAGCCCAGGGCCACCAGGGAAGAGGGGCCACACUUGGUUUCUACUGACCCUCUUAUCUGGAUAUCGGACUUGCAGUGGGCCCCCUGGCCCUGCCCAGCCUCUCCCCUCUCAUGCAGCUUUAAAACCUUACUACUUUUAUUUAAAGAUGAACAGGACAGGAGAAAGCGGCGUCCCCUGCCCUGCACACCAUACAUUCCCCAUGGGGGACAUAGGAAGCGUGGGGGCGGGGUGCACGAAAGCAGCUUUCUCCCAGGGCUCGGGGACAUCUUUCCAGUCACCUGUCCACAGACUGCUGCACAUGCUUAUUUGGAAACCAAGGGCAUGAGCUGAAUGCCUGCCGGGCGACCGCACGUCUGGUGCAGGCUCUCUCUCCCACUUGGCACCCUGUGCCCGGCCAGCCCCUCCCUCCCCAGCCUGCCCUCCUCACCUUGGAGAAUCCCUUAUGUGAUCGCUGGGGACCCUGGGGCUGGAAGACCUUGGCAUGGGGCUCCCCUGAGCAGCUGUGCGGGGUCCGGCUGGUGCAGGGCCAGGAAUCGGCAUGUGGCUGUGCGGGGUGAUUGCCUCUGGGACUCAGAGGCCCUGGACUCCGCACAGACAACCCCUCCCCCACCCAAAGCCAUUGAUGGAACUUCUCUGGAAUUGUUUGCCAAAACCCCAAGGUAGAAUCCAAGGGUCCAAGACCAUUUCCAUCGAGCACACGUUUUCCAUUUCUGUAGGAACUUUCUGUUGUCGUUUUUGUAACCAGCACCACACACCAUGCUUCCGAAGGCCAUGUCCCACCUUUCCUGGACCACUACAGUCAAGUAUUACAGCUGUCCAGUUCCCGGUCUGGCCUUGGCUUGCUCGGAUAAAACUUUGUAUGUAUUUUGUAAGGCAUAGAUUCUAUAUUGUAAUGAUGUCCUAUGCAAAAAAAAAAAAAGGAAAAAAAAUUAACUAAA